AUGAAUAUACUUACGUCUCAGCUGCAUGACCUAAAAUCAAUAAAAACAUUAGAAGAAAUAAGUGGAAAGCCCGAAUUAUUGCCAGAACCCGAUAAUGUAGUUAUGCAAACUAUGCAAAAGGCAAAUGAGCUAACGCCUUUGACCAAAACAAAUAUAUUUAUUAAUGAAGAACUUCCUCAAAUUUCCGAAAGUUCUAAAGCAAAAGUUAAGCAAAAACUUUUACAACAUCAUGUCAUGGAAGAUUCCUUAAAGGAAACAUAUCGAGGUACUAAGAAAUUCAAAGAAAGAAGAGUACUCAAAAAUAUAAUAAAUAGUAAAGCCGCUAUAAAGUAUAAUCUGAAAACAAAAAUGACUAAAUAUUUAGGCUUAAAAUGUGAGGAAGAAGGCUUUACCGAAGGAACAUGGUCAUUUUUUGAAACAUCACAUGGUAAAGGUGCAGCUGACGGGGUCGGUGGUGUGGAGAAGAGAACCCUUGAUGCAAGAGUUGCAUAUGGUGUUGAUAUAGUUGAUGCUGAAUCUGUAUUUGACAUUUUAUCGAAAACCGUUACGUCUGUGAAAACAUUUUACGUACCAGAAAGUAACAUAGAGAUGAUUCAAAUACCUGAGCCUGAAAGGGUAACACCUAUACCAUCUACAAUGAAAGUUCAUCAAGUCAUUGCAACUGAAUAUGAAAAUAUAAUAAAGAAAAAUAGAUGCAAGAAUUCAAGAAAGAAUCAAGAUUCAUCUACCGAAAAUACGGAUAUGGAGAUUGAAUAUGCAGAGAGUGAUACAUCUGAAUGGAAUGAAAAUGAAAGCUUUGUUAUAUCGUCCUCUGAAGAGAAUGCACAGAAUAUACCAACUGAAUCAGAGUCAAAAAUACAAGAAAACCAGAAGAAAAAGACACGAGAUAAGGAAAUAGUGAAAAAUAAUGGAAAAAACCAAGAAGAACUGAAGAAGAGUAUAUUUAAAGGACACUGUGGAAAAAUGAAAGAAAAUAAAAAAGUGGCGGUUUUGGCAGACGUUAAAAUUACGCCGAAAAACCUUAAAAAUUUGGAUCUUAAAUCUUAUGGAAAAAUAACUCUUAAUGAAAUUGGUCUAGAUUUCGACGUAUAUUCCAAAAAGCUUCCAGACAAAAGUAGUACAAAUUCCGUUCCUUCCACAUCCAAAACAGACCUUUUAUCUCCCUCCAAAAGAUCUUCCACCUUAAAAGAAAAUAUGGAGCAUCAGAUAGACACUUGUAAUGCCAAGGAUUCGAAAACAGUUGAUCAACAAAAGGAUGGAUACUCAGGAAUUUGUGACUUCACUGAAAAAAUUGAAGUAGACAACGCUGUGUUAGUAAGAUAUUUUAUGAGAAAAUGGAAGUACUACAUAGGAUUUGUCACGAGUGUUGAAAUUAAAGAUGGUACAACUUUCUAUACAGUUUCGUUUUUAAAGACUGUAAAAACUCCUAAAAUUUAA